AUGCAGACCUCUUUCGUCGCUCUUCUUGCCCUCUCGGCUGGCGUCCUCGCCAGCCCCUCCGCUCCGGCUCCGACUCAUGCAUUCACUUGCAAGGACGCCAAUGAGGGCUUCGCCUGGUCCAUGACUCUCUUUGAGUACAAGGCCACUGAGGUCUCGACCACGCCUGCGCACCAGAACGUCGACGGCGAGGUGUCCUUUAACAUCUCAAACCCGGCUCUGCUGUCCCUCCAGUCUUCCUCUGGCUGCAGUGGCAGCUCGGUCCAGUACCCCGACUACUUCUACGGCAACAUUGUCUACGAGUGCAUUGACCCCCGCAUCGACACCAACACCAAGACGACCUUUACCUACGACGCCCCAAGUGGUCUCCUCAGCAUCAACCAGACCUGGACUUGCCCAGAUGCCAAGGACCCUGUCUCCUUCUUCGCGGCCGGCUCUGUCAACCUUACUCUGACUACGAGCAAGACGAGCUACUCCAACCCCGACUGGAAGAUGGGCCAGACCUACGCUAGCAAGACCGCGAUCAGCACUGGCCCGUCGCUGGUGCCUAUCACGGCCUUCCACAUCUCUGCUGUCGUUUAA